AUGGAAGGCGGAAAGGGCCUUGCUCUGCUACCACACUUUUCCAUGUGGCUGCAACCCGGCAAAACAUACACAGUUGGCCGUAAAGAUGCAGACAUCACGCUUGCGACGGACAAGGCAGUCAGUCGAAAACACGCAACCAUAACCGUAGCAGAGGCUAUACCCAUCGAGCAGAUUGGCGACCUGGCUGCAAGGUGUAAAGUCACGGCCACGGACCAGAAUUCCAAGUUCGGCACGUAUGUGGGAACGGGAUCGCUGCAGAGGAUACCGGGCAGCCAGGAGUUGAAGGAUGGUGAAAUUGUCGCCUUUGGACACGAUAACUCCGCAUUUCGGUUAACGUAUGUACCGGUGGUGCUGUGCACAUCGGGAAAGCUACGCACUAAGCAACGCAACGAGCUGCAUGCAACUGCUCGGCAAUUUGAUUUCAGGAUCGUGAAGGAAUGGACGCCAGAUGCGACGCACCUAGUGAUGGCCGCGUUACGCGUGACGAUGAAAGUUGUCCUGGCGAUCGCGAAUCGCCGGUAUGUUGUGACGGAGGAUUGGGUGAAGGAGUUUGCGAAUGUAGACCCGGCACGGUUUGUUAUGCCGGAUCCCAAUAGGUUUUUGCCACCGAUAAUGGAAGAGGUGAUCCAAGUCACCCCUGCCGCCUUUGAAGCGAAUCCGGCUCGUGCAAAUCUGCUUUCUGGCUACGACUUCUUCGUGUUCAGUGACAACGAGAUGUCAGUUAUGGGGAAGAUCGUCACGGCAGUCGGAGGAACUAUCUCUCAAAUCUCAUUCCCGUCAAACCCGCGUGAAACAUCUCAACUGAAAACGAAACUGGGGAACUGUCGCCAUCCCUGCGUCAUUCAACCGUUUGACUCUCCGGACGACGGUUGGGCUAACGUACAGUCUGUCCUCGAAGACCUGAACCUUCGCACCCUACAACAGGACGAUGUAGCGAGAUCGGUGAUAUACGUCGAUGCGCAAUACUGUGACGCUCUCACUCGUCCCGAUGACAUGGUAGAGGCUUCGCGGACUACCGCGAGGCAAUUGGCGCAGACUUCAUCGAAUCCACCUCCUCCUGAGACGGGUUUCGGAGGAGGUGGUGAGCACAAUGCGGAUGUCCAUCAAAAUGCAGGUGGAUCGUCGCUGUUACCGGUAAAAGAUGAAUCACAGCAACCCGCCGUAGUACCAUCCAAAGGACGGGACUUUGACGACUUCCUAGACGUGCUGAUGGACGAUGACCUGCCAGCCCCACCUCCCUCUUCGACAAAUCUCGCUAUCCCUGCACAGCCAGUGAAAUCAGAAAUCAGCGGCUCUGGAAAGACGAAAGGGCGGCUACGGCCGCAGUCUACUGUCAGUUUGGCUGAGAAGUUGGGGAUACGUGUUCAGUCGCAGUCUCAGCCCCAGCAUGUGGAUGAUGAUGGUGACCGUAUGGAGGGGGUGGAAGGGGCGGGAACCGGGCGGAAAAGGCCGCGAGGGGUUGCGGCGACACCACAAGCCGCCUCCGCAUCCAGAGCUACGCCUGAGCAUACCGCGGCAAUCGCACAGGAAGAGGGCAUACCCGAAAGCCCACCACGGCGCUCGAAGCGGGCAAAACUCGCCGCAAACGACGAGCCAGCACCGCCGCAACCCACCGUCACAGCCUCACCGUUCGAACUUUCACAACCACAACUCAAAGCAAAAGUCACCUCCGACCCAAGCCAAAUGGACAAACUGACAAAACUAGUAGUCGUCAACGUGGUCCCGCUCAUCGUCCAGAAAGGGCGCGGAGUCGAUACUGCCAACGGGCGAACAACGACGAAUGCAGGCCCGAAUUUCAAGCGGUUUCGGAAAGUGCAGCAUGGAGCCCGAGCGGGGUUGAAUCAACAGGGCGGAGCCGGUGGCGCUGGACAGCCUAGAGCGUAUAUCGCGGUAGUCGACCCAAAUAAAGACGAUUCGCGGGUCGUCGGGGCAAGAAAGAAUACAGGGAAUGGAAAGAGUUCCGAGUGGGCGCCGCGGGUGUCCCAACCAGCCGCGUCGUCUUCUCUCCGAGCGAAUGGAAAGCGACCGUCGUCUGCUGGGACUGGACAGGAAGACGAUCCGGAAUUCACUUCAGGCCCCGUUCGACGCGUGCAGCGACCUACCCGGACACUCGCCGUGACUGGUAAACGGAAGCCCAGCGAGGAACACAUUGUUAUUGAGGAUAGCGCGGAUGAGGAUGUGGGAACGAGGAGAAAAACACCGGCUGCGCGGCCUGUACUCUCCGACGAUGACGACGAUGAAGACGACCCCAGCUACGUUGCAAACCUACCGAUUUCCGGGUCUUCAACCCCUUUAAAAGCAUCCGCAUCAACAUUAUCCUCAACCAAACGCAGAGCCCCGCUGUCAAGCAGUUCCCGCCGACAUACAGUCCUAGACAGCGAUGACGACGAUGAAUUCGGAACAUCUGGAGGUUUUUCGUCGGCGUCGGCAAGGGGUCGUGUGAUGGGUGAGGCUGAGGGGGGGUCGGAUGAGGACGAGGGCAUUACGUUUUCGAAGUUUGCUGCUACUCGGAGGAAGCGGUGA